AUGCAGUUCCUCGCCACUUUGAUAUUUCUGUACGUUGAGAUUCCGCCAUCUUUAGGGCGCCGAUGGAACGUACCGCAAUCUCCUCCUACGGUGUACAAUCGCCUUCGCCCAAUUUCCCAGAAGUCAAAAAUUGUUGGCAAAGAAUGCAGUCUCAUUGUCGACGAGAUCCCUGAUCAUCUCAGUAGAGGAAAAUUGCGACCCCUUUCCCGACUUUGCAUCCGCCUCAAUGACACCCAGCUGAAAGCCAGGCUUCGACAGGUUGGCGACUUCAACUCGCGUUACAUGGCAAUCAACAAGACAGAUGCCAGAAGACUUCGGGACAAGCUUCCAAGCAAAUUCUAUCAGAAUAACAAAUCGCGUGUGGGUCAAAGCGGAUUAACUCGCUUAUGUGCGGAACGUACUAUUGUCACAAGCCUACCAGAAGGAGUUUUCCCCAGAUUUAUCAGAGAAGUCAAAUGUCAAGGUGACAGCUGCCUCACGAAUCAGGGACGAUGCAUUCAGCGGUUCAUGGAGUUUACAUUUAUUCAUUUCACUGGGAAAUAUGAGUUCCAUCAAACCGUUAGUUAUUGGCCACGGAUUGAUAUUUACACCGAGGUAUGGGAUCCGUAUACGCAAGAAAUCGGUAUUUGCUGCGAAUGCCAACGGCUGCGCUAUAACCUGGGCCGGUAG